UAAAAUAAAAUAACAGUAGGGAGUUGUUGAAGUUUCCCCCUCCAUGUCAUUGAGGGGAAAGCGGCUGUGGGAGCACUGAGCAGAAGCUACGUAAAAGAAAAAUCCUGCACUUGGCGCAGAAAUCUCCAUAUGAAUAGCCAAGCCAAGUCGGAUUCCAGAAAAGUCUUCCAGUGAAGUGGUCAGUGCUGCUUAAGUGUUUUCCUGAUAGUGUCCACAAAGUGCAGCACCUUUAUGUGCAGCAUCUCUGGGCACUUAGAAGAGAGAGUCAAGUGGCUAACUCCAUCUAAAUCUCUCUCUCUCUGUGUCUUUGGUAAAAUGCAUUUCUGGCCUGUUCCCAUUCCAGUCCUAAGACCAGCAUUUUGCAUCUCAACGAUUGAUUUAUCCUCCCCUGCCCCCUCUCUCAGCUCCUGCUUAAACUCAUUCCAUUAAGAUGUGGACACUCCUCAGUUAUGAACUCUACCCCUCUUCGUCUCUUCUCUUUGUCUUGUUUAUGCCCUCGCAGUCAUGCACACCACCACAACUGAUAUCAUGAAAGCGUUGGUGGAUUGUAAAUGAAUGGAGAACAUUGUUGCUAAAACUUGACAGAGAGUAAUAGGAUAGGAAAAAACAUUAGGCCACUCUGUCUACCUCCCCUAUUUAAAGUCCCUUAUUAAACUCAACUGGAACAUCAGUUUUUGAUAUCUGUUUGCUGAAUUAGAAACACAAUGUGGGGUUUCUUUGUGAAUUCAUCCAGUGUUAUGUUUGAUGUGAGUCUGCCUAUAUGUGCUAUAUGUUUCAAUGGUAGGUAGGCAGCGCCACACAGGGCAGGGCAGACUCCUUCACUCUAAGUGCUGCUGGUCAUAUUCCAGCCAUCAGCGGAUGUGGAUCAAUGCCUGGUUUACAGCUUUACAUCAUCCUUGAAAUGCCUCGUCAAACAAGGAAACACUCAGACCGUCAAUAAGAAACUAUUAGUAAAGAAACACACAUCAUCCCUCCGGUCUCACUGCCCUCCUCCCCCCUCUCCCACAUCUUUCUUGCUCACUCAAACUGGAGACUGCACAAGCGAAGAAUUCCUGUCUUGAUGGACCUGUGGGACGGACUUACCCAAAAAGGGAGACACAGGGGUUGCAACUCUUAACUACAGAGGAUACUUCACAAAGGAUGGAGAGAUUUGGGAGAUUAAAUAGUAUACCAUUGUUUUUUAAAACUCAAAACCAUGCACUGGACCUGGAUUUAGAGGGACUUUUGGAAGACAAAAUAUUAUCAACAAACUCACCUUUUUGCUUUCACUGGAGAUCAAGGGGUUAAAUGAAGGGCAGCUGAAACAGAGUGACUGUUAUUGGAUCUUUACCUUGUUCACCCAUGAAGAGCAUUGUCACUUGCAGAUUUCACCUGCUUUAACAGUGUGUGUGGGUGGGAGGAUCGGGGGAGUAAAGUGCAAGUGUGAGCAAUAUAUUUCAGUGUUUGCAGCUAUUUUUCAGGCAUCUUGUUCAAUUGUUUAAUUGGAUGUUAUUUUAGACACACACAUACAGCAGCAAAUAUUUGUAAAGUUAUGGAAUACACAUCCUAUAUGUUCAGGGCUGGCUAAUAGAACGCAUGUAAAGGUUCUUACUCAAAUCAAUCAGCCAUGGUGCUGGAUGGCAUGGAACUGAUUACAAUUACUGUAGUCGUUGGCCUAUUUUUUGUAAUGCUCAAGCAGUUUGGUGUCUGGGAGCCCUUGUCAUUAGAUGGUAAGUAACAGGGACAGACUCCUCAGUCCCUUUUCUGAUCAAGGCCAUCAUAUUCCUCACAGAUAGACAGAAGCUUUUUGUACUGUGUUGUUGAUAGUUGAAGCUACUUGAUUUCACUGUUGUCACCUUAUGAGAGACAGCUGGCUUCCACUGCAUAUUAAGACAAAAUGCCUCAAGACACAAAGGUCUCAUGUCUUAUUACUGGUGGAUAGAAAUAGAAAAUAUUUUAACCUCCCAAAAAUACUGUGACCACCUGCUUAACCUGAUUGUAUGUGUUUCCCCCUUUCUCACCUCCUCACUUCCCUAUACUUCAAUCUCUUCCUCACCCCAUUCCUCUCUCUGAUGUUUGUAUUUCAUAGAUGGUGAGCACACACACAGUAGUAACUCCAUGUAUUCUUCAUUUCCUUUUGUCUCGACUAUGCUUUAAUCUGUGCCCCACUCUCUCAUUAUGUACAUGUAUAUACAAUUUGUUUUGUCUCUCUCUGAGUGUUGCUUUCUUGUCUUCCACUCAUCAUCCUCUCUUACUUUAUUAUCCACCUGUUCACCAUCUUUUUCCCUUGAAAAAUGGUAUUGUACACCAUUGUCCUCCAAUCCAAUUUCUGUGUUACCCACCACACAAAUUUCUCUCCCUCCAAUUUCUUCCGAUUAUCCCCACAUCUUCUUCUCCCGAUUUCAACCUUUCUCAUCCCCUCCUGUGCUAUUUUUGCCUCUCCCUGAAUCCGCAUUCUCCUCUCCUUUUCACCUCUCCCCUUCUCCCAACUCCUUCCUUUCCCUGAGUUGUCCUCCUCUCCCUCUCUCCCUCUCCUCUCUCAAACAGAGAGUAGUGAAUGUGAAUUGGAGCUUUCUACUGUUCGUCACCAGCCCGAAGGCUUAGAACAGCUCCAGGCCCAGACCCAGUUUACCAGGAAGGAGCUGCAGUCGCUCUACAGAGACUUCAAAAACGUGUGACUGGGACUUGGCUGGGCUUAGAGCACCGAGUGGGAGUGGGGUGGAGGUUAAAUAAACACUGUCAGGGACUUGAAGGACUGCAAAGAUAUCGUCUCACAAAAUGUUUUACAUACUUUACAUAGCUACAUACAUUUACACAGAUAUUUACACAUACUGCAAGCCAUUAGACAUACAGGUAACUGCCAAAAUAAUGGAAACACUUGAGUAAAUGAGGGAUACAAAGUAUAUUGAAAGCAGGUGCUUCCACACAGGUGUGGUUCCUGAGUUAAUUGAGCAGUUAACAUCCCAUCAUGCUUAGGGUCAUGUAUAAAAAUGCUGGGCAAGCCAUUAUUUUGGCUACCAUGGCUAUGCUCCCAUAGUAUGACAAUGCCCCCAUCCAUAGUGCAUGAGUGGUUACUGAAUGGUUUGAUGAGCAUAAAAAUCAUGUAAACCAUAUGCCAUGGCCGUCUCAGUCACCAGAUUUCAACCCUAUUGAACACUUAUUGGAGAUUCUGGAGCGGUGCCUGAGACAGCGUUUUCCACCACCAUCAACAAAACACCAAAUGAUGGAAUUUCUCACAGAAGAAUGGUGUCACAUCCCUGCAAUAGAGUUCCAGACACUAAUAAGAAUAUAUGCCAAGGUGCAUUGAAGCUGUUCUGGCUCACGGUGGACCAACGCCCUAUUAAGACACUUUAUGUUGGUGUUUCCUUUAUUCUGGCAGUUACCUACUUAUUAGGCGUUUACAAGCUGUUAGACACAUCUAUUUUCACAGAUAUUUAACUAAAUUUAAACAUGCAUACAGUACAUACAAGUUAAGUAAGACAAACUUAUUAAAGAUAUUUUCACUUCUCUCUGAACAGGAGUGUCCUAGCGGGCUGGUGGAUGAGGAGACGUUCAAGACCAUCUACUCACAGUUCUUCCCCCAGGGAGGUAGGAGUCUCCCCUCAAGAGAUGCAAGGGAGGCACCAUGGAAUAGUACAGCAGAUGGGUGGAAGACGCCCUUUCAACUGCCCCUACUGUUGUCAGCUAUUUCAACCUGGACUCAGAGAUGCCACCACAUAUGCACAUUUCCUGUUCAACGCUUUUGACAUGGACAGAAAUGGCACUAUCCAUUUUGAGGACUUUGUGAUUGGACUAUCUGUACUGCUCAGAGGUUCGGAAACAGAGAAACUCCGGUGGGCCUUCAAUCUGUAUGAUAUCAACAAGGAUGGCUGCAUUACCAAGGAGGAGAUGUUGGCCAUAAUGACGUCCAUCUAUGACAUGAUGGGCAGGUAUACCUAUCCCAGUGUACGAGAUGAUGACCCAUCUGAGCAUGUGGACAAGUUCUUUCAGAAAAUGGAUCGGAACAGAGACGGGGUUGUGACCAUUGAUGAGUUCAUAGAGACCUGUCAGAAGGAUGAAGAUAUCAUGGCCUCCAUGCAGCUCUUUGAGAACGUCAUCUAGAUCUAGGAACGGACAGAGAACAUGGAUCUAUGUAUAAAUCCUGAUGACCUUUUAUUGAGUCCAAUAACAGACCCUACAAGCCCCUCCCCUCUUUAACAAUAACAGACCCUACAAGCCCCUCCCCUCUUUAACAAUAACAGACCCUACAAGCCCCUCCCCUCUUUAACAAUAACAGACCCUACAAGCCCCUCCCCUCUUUAACAAUAACAGACCCUACAAGCCCCUCCCCUCUUUAACAAUAACAGACCCUACAAGCCCCUCCCCUCUUUAACAAUAACAGACCCUACAAGCCCCUCCGCUCUUUAACAAUAACAGACCCUACAAGCCCCUCCGCUCUUUAACAAUAACAGACCCUACAAGCCCCUCCCCUCUUUAACAAUAACAGACCCUACAAGCCCCUCCCCUCUUUAACAAUAACAGACCCUACAAGCCCCUCCGCUCUUUAACAAUAACAGACCCUACAAGCCCCUCCGCUCUUUAACAAUAACAGACCCUACAAGCCCCUCCGCUCUUUAACAAUAACAGACCCUACAAGCCCCUCCCCUCUUUAACAAUAACAGACCCUACAAGCCCCUCCGCUCUUUAACAAUAACAGACCCUACAAGCCCCUCCGCUCUUUAACAAUAACAGACCCUACAAGCCCCUCCGCUCUUUAACAAUAACAGACCCUACAAGCCCCUCCGCUCUUUAAC